AGAUGAAUUCUACUAUCUAUUGGAAAUGAUUGGCCCUGAGAUCGAAAAACGCACUACACAGCUGAGAGAGAGCAUUUCACCUGAACAGAGAUUCGCAUUGUGCUUAAGGUACCUAGCAACUGGAAAUUCUUAUAGAUCGUUGGGUUUUCUUUUCGAAUUGGUUUCACUACCGUUGGCUUAAUUGUAAAAGAAUGCUGUAAAGCUAUUUGGAAAACUCUGCAACCCAUAUACAUGAUUGAGCCUGAUAAAAACCACUGGAAAUGUAUUGCCAAGGAGUUUUAUGAAAAAUGGAUGGAAUUAUCCUCAUUGCAUGGCAGCAUUGGAUGGGAAACAUGUACAAAUACGAUGCCCAUACAAAGCUGGAUCUUCAUAUUACAAUUAUAAAGGAACGCAUUCUAUAGUCUUAUUAGCCAUGGUGGAUGCUUAUAGCAAGUUUACAUUAGUGGAUGUUGGAGCUUAUGGUAGAAAUAGCGAUGGUGGUACACUACAAAGGUCGACUUUUGGGAAAAAACUACUUACAAACCAACUUCAUAUUCCUAAAGAAGAUGAACUAACAGUAUUAACGGGUCAAUCUUUUCCCUACGUUGUCGUCGCUGAUGAAGCAUUCCCAUUAAAAACUUGGAUGAUGCGUCCGUACAGCAGGAAUUCCAUUGUAAGCGAACACGAAAAAAUUUACAAUUACCGUCAUUCAAGAGCACGACGCACUGUUGAAAACGCGUUUGGAAUUCUAGCAGGGCGUUGGAGAAUAUUCUUAAAGCCAAUCGAAACACAACCAGAAUCAGCUGAUUAUAUCGUUUUAUCUGCAUGUUGCCUUCACAAUAUGCUUCGUAAAAACAAAGUGAUCACACCAUUUGAAAAAGAAAUCAUGGUAACCGAGGAAGAAAUGUGUGGUUUAGAAGAUUUGACACCGAUCCGUAGAAACUAUAUACGCGAUGCUAUUCAAACAAGAGAAAAAUUCAAAAACUUUUUUAUAUCACCAGAAGGAACAGCAAGUUGUCCAUGGCAAUGGGAUUACAUACGGCUGGGCAGAAUCCCUCAUUAA